ACAUAAUUUUCAGUAUACUUACUCUUAAAGUUCCUAAAGUGAAGAACAAAACUUUGAUUUUCUUCUUGCGCGCGUUAGUCUUAAAUUUUAAAAGCAGAAGCAAUGGAGUCAAGACAAGCAGUGAGAGAAGAAAGGGCUGCAGUGAAAGAAGAAAGAGCAGAAGCUGCUGCAAGAUUAGCAGCAGACGAACUCAGUGAUGUGAACAAAGAAAGAAAAGCUCAAGAAUAUGAACAAAAGCCCGGUGUUAUUGGCAGUAUAAUCAAAUCUGUUCAAGGAACUCUUGGACAUGCUAAAGAAGCAGUCACCGGAAAAGCCCACGAAACCGCCGCCGUGACAAGCGACACCGCCGGAGUAGUGGCGGAAAAUGCAAGACAUUCAAAAGAUGUUGCUGCUGAAAAAGCUAAGAGUACUGCAACUUCUGCUGCUGAGAAAACACAACAAGCUAAAGAUAGUACAACUGGUAAAGCAGUAGAGUACAAGGAUUCUGCUGCUGAUAAGGCAAAGGAAGCAAAAGAUGCAACUGUUGGAAAAAUGGGAGAGUGCAAAGAUUAUGCUGCAGAUAAAGCCAAAGAAGCGAAAGAUAGUACGACUGCUAAAGCAGUAGAGUACAAGGACUAUGCAGCGGAGAAGGCGAAACAAGCAAAGGAUACAACUAUGGAGAAAGCGAGAGAAGCAAAAGACAGUACAACUGCUAAAGCAGGAGAGUACAAGGACUACACAGCAGAGAAAGCGAAAGAAGCAAAGGACACAACGAUGCAGAAGACUGAGGAAUACAAGGAUUACACGGCCGAAAAAGCGAAAGAAGGCAAAGAUACCACAGUGGGCAAAUUAACAGAGUUGAAAGAUUCGGCUGCUGAUGCGGCGAGACGUGCCAUGGAUAUGUUAACAGGAAAAAAGGAGGAGACAAAACAGAAAGCCGGGGAAAUGGCGGAAGCUACGAAGCAAAAGGCGGAGGAGACGGCGGAAGUUACUAAGCAGAAGGCGGAGGAGACGGCGGAAGCAGCUAAGCAAAAGGCACAGGAUACUAAGCAAGCUGCAAAGGAGAAAUAUCAUGAGACUGAAGAAGCAACAAGGAGGAGAAUGGACGAUAUGAAAAUUAGUGAAGGUGGUGAUUACGAGAAAAGGGAUGAGAAUAAGGCGGCGGCGGCUUCCGGCGGCGGUGGUGGUGGUAUUUUUGGUGCACUUGGAAGUGUGCGAGACGCGAUUAAAGACACAUUAGCACCAUCUAGCAUGCGUGACACUACUACUACAGAUGAGACGCGUAGCACCGGAGGAUCAAAGAUAGUGGUGGACGUGGAGGAUACUCCGGCGGGGAGAACCGCCGCGAGGCUGAAAGUGGCCGAUCAGAUUACUGGUCAGACGUUUAACGACGUUGGAAGAAUGGAUGUAGAAGGCAUUGCCGAGGUUGAGGCCAAGGAUGCCUCUGGGAAAAAUGUGAAAGUGAAAUACUAGUAGUUGGGGUUCUGAUUAGAAUAUAUAUUUGCUGCACAUUUUGGUCAUGUAUUUUGUGUAAUUUUUAAGUUAGUUGUGUUAUAUGUUUGUUUGUGUUACCAAGUAAAAUAUGUAUUAGUAUGAGAUUUCUGUUCGGUUUC